UCUUGUCACUUGCUUGGCUUCAAAAGCAGAGGUCUUGGCUCUCUUCUAUUCUCUAUUUUUUUUUUAAUCUUCAACUCUCAUGAAGUUCGUUGUCUGAGACAACUUCCAUUCAGCAGCUGCUUUAUUGUUUCCUUUCUAUUCGUCUCUCAUUGCUUGCUGGUGCUCUUAGUUUCACCAUUCUUUCUUCGAAGAUCCGUCCACUUCAAAACCGACCCGUCCUAGUCGAAUCGCCAAGUGAAGUUUGUUUCUUCCGUGUCACUUCUUUUUCAAUCCACCUGGCGUGGUGAUACGUAUAUUAUUUUUAUAUUAUUUCUCUUUUUUUCUUGGGGAAUACUUGGAACAUGCAGUCCCUCGCACAACUACUUUUGGUCUUCGGACUCGUAGCCUUAGCUUCUUCGUCUCCGACGGGGAUUCAAAAACGAGGCGUAUACAAGGUCGAACGAGUAGCGAAUCCGAACUUUACUGGCCGCAAUGGACCUCGAGCUCUGCUGAAGACGUUGCGAAAGUACCGGAUGCCCAUACCGGCUUCCGUAGCGAGCGCUGCUCAACAAGAUGAAAUGAUUACAAAGAGACAGAACCGCAAGAAGGGGAAGGGUCGCAAGGGCAAGGGAGCUGGCGCAGCCGGUGCCGCUGCUGGUGCUGGUGCAGCCGCCGCCGCUAAAGGGUCAGCUGCUAACGGGACCGGCCUUGUCACGAACACACCCGAGGCCAACGAUGUCGAAUACCUCUCGCCCGUGAACAUUGGUGGACAGACCUUGAAUCUUGAUUUCGACUCUGGUUCAUCUGAUUUGUGGGUUUUUAACACGCAGCUUAGCAAGACCGCAACCCAGGGUCACCAAGUCUACGACCCAACACAGUCCAAGACGUUUGCUCUCAUGCAAGGUGCCUCGUUCCAGAUCUCUUACGGUGAUGGAUCAGGAGCUGCGGGCAAUGUCGGAACCGAUACCGUUAACAUUGGUGGUGCUACCGUCACCAACCAGGCUAUUGAAAUGGCAACUGCCGUCUCUUCGUCUUUCGUCAAGGACACCGCAAAUAACGGUCUGCUUGGUCUUGCCUUUAGUCAGCUCAAUACGGUGCAGCCGGCUCAGCAGAAGACAUUCUUCGACAAUGUCAAGUCAUCUCUCGCCGAACCCCUGUUCACUGCCGAUCUCCGCCCUCAAGCAGCGGGUGCUUAUGAGUUUGGCCGUGUAGAUACGAGCAAAUUCACUGGUGCUAUGACCUGGGUUCCCGUUAACACGACGGCUGGCUUUUGGCAGUUUACUAGCCAGAGCUUUGCCGUCAACGGUGGCACUCCGCAGACUUCCACUGCCGGAGCUCAGGCCAUUGCUGACACCGGCACUACCCUCCUCCUGGCCGAUGCUGCCGUAGCCAAGGGUUACUAUGCGCAAGUUCAGGGUGCCGUCAAUGACCAACAGCAAGGUGGUUUCACAUUCCCUUGCGACGCGACUCUACCCGACCUUCAGUUGGACGUUGGUGGCACCAUGGCCACCGUCAAGGGCGCCGAUAUCAAGUUUGCCCAAGUCGAUGCUCAGACUUGCUUCGGUGGUCUACAGGCUACAACGGCCGGCCUACAGGUUUACGGCGACAUCUUCUUCAAGAGCAACUUCAUCGCCUUCAAUGGUGGCAACAACACUCUGGGAUUUGCGGCGCACGCUUAGGCGAGCUUGCCUGUAGCCAGCUGUACACCUAU